AUGUGGACACUGAGCUCCAGAGAGAUGCAAGGUCUGGGGCUCCAAGGUUUCCUGAUGGGCCUACCUCGGGCAGUGCCCCCAGGUCCUCCAGUGCCUCCAGUUACUACAGGACAUCCAGUGCCGCCAGGCCCCCCAAUACCUCCAGGGCCCCAAGUUCCUCCAGGUCCUCAAGUUACUACAGGCCCUCCAGUGCCCCUGGGCCCACCAGUGCCUCCAGGUCCCCAAGUUCCUCCAGGACUCCCAGCUCCCACAGACCCCUCAGUGCCUCUAGGACCCCGGGCACCCCCAGUCCCUGCGGUUACUUCAGAUCCUCCAGGCCCCUCAGUGCCUCCAGGCCCUUGGGCGUCCCCAGCCCCUCCGGUUCCUCCAGGCUCCUCAGGCCUCCCGCGGAGGCUGCGGCAGGAGCGCACCGUGUACAGUAAAGAGCAGCAGCGCCAGCUGGAAGCACUGUUUGAGAAGACCAAAUAUCCAACCUAUCAGGACCGUGAGGCUCUGGCGGAAAGGCUGAAUCUGCAGGAGCAUCAAGUGCAGGUGUGGUUCAAGAACCGGCGGGCUAAACUCUCUCGGCAGCGUUCCCAGAAACAACUACAAUCCUCGGAUUCGGGGUGCCCGGAGGCCAGCCGCGGAGCACGCGCUGGACGCCGCAACCCCAGAGCUGGUUCCUCUAUCCCUGCCCCAGCCAAUGCGCAGCCUGUGGUCUCUGGAAACCCAGGUUUAGGCUACCUUCCUCCACCCAGCACCUUGGAUACCUUCCCAUCAAAGGGUCCCCCCUUCUCUAGUGUGGGUCAGACGUGGGGGGUUCCCGGGUGCAGCCCCUACAACGGCAUCCCGGGAGCCCCACCUGGCGUCCCAACCCCAGCCCCAGCCCCAGCCCCACCCGGAACCUGGCCUCAGAACGCCUAUGCUGCUGAGUUCUCGGGAGACACUGGGUUAUUCCCAGAGCUCUUCUCACCCCUAGACCCUGAUGAAGAUCAGUUCGUAUCUACCAUGACAUCUGCGCACCAAGACAGAGGUGGCAUUGCGGACAAGGACAAAUCACGCCCUGGACAUUUCUAA